AUGGUCGUGCUCAGGGAGACCAAGGAGGGAGAUGGUAUUUUCUGGAUCAACUACCCGACAACGGUGGUGAUGACGAGUUGCAGACACAGAAACAUAGUGAGCGAACAAAAGGCUAUCAAGAUGAAAUUCACAAUACGCAGGCCAAGGUGUAAAGCACCUAUUGGGGAAACUCACAAGGCCACACCAAAGCAACCCAGCAGGUUUAAUUUCUGUGGGUUUGUAAGUGGCGCGACAGAAAAUAGAUAUUACCGUCGGUUGAAUCGAAUACCACGAUGUUUGAAAAUGGCAAAGAUAAGCACCAUACCCCCAAAAGCCAUUGAGAAGUGA